CCUGGUAACCGAUAAAUAAUUAUCAUUAGUGUCUAGGAUCAUAAUGGCUGGAGUGAAGGGAGCUGUCAGUAGCGGGAGCCUUACCUCUAUGGCCAGUUUUAGUGAUGCUAUACCCAGGGAAUAUCACAGGAAAAUAUUAAAGAAGAUUGCACAGCUCACUAAGGUAAUACAUAAUUUGAAUACUAAGCUAGAUGAGAGUGAGAGUCAGUUCCAAUGUCUUAAGGCUCAGCAUCAGAAAGAGCUCCAGCUCAUUGAAGAGGAGAAAUCAGUCAAAACUAAGCUCUGGGAAGAAGAGAGGACACUAGUAGCCAUAUUGCAGACUCAAGUAGCAUCUUUAGAAACACAGAAAGAGAAGCUGGGUCAUGAAAAAGAGGCCUAUAUUGGAGCAAUGGAGAAUAGGCUCCAACAGCAGCAAAGCCAACUAGAGGAGGUCGAGAAGACUCUAUCAGCAACCAAAUCAGAACUAUCUCAUCAGGAGACAGAACUUCGUAAUCUUGAGGCAUUGAGUUCUAAUCUCAGACAUGAGCUUAAAGAUACAAAAGAGAAAGCAGGCGAAGAGAUAGAAGCACUCAAUCAGAAAUGCAGUUUUGUUAUUGAGGCAAAUGAAAAAGCAGUGAAGCAGCUGACUAAUGAUCAUGAGAGAGCCAUGAAAGAUCUUGCCAGCAACAAAGAGAAGGAGCUUUUAGAACUGAGAGAAAGUCUAACAAAGCAAAGAGAUGGCCAGCUCCAGAAUGAAAUGGAGGCAUAUAAACUCUCCUUUGAAAAGUUACGGAGUGAAUUUGCUGAGAAAGAAAGUCAAUUAAACGAGCAGUUGUCUUUCUUAUCCUCUGAUUUGAGUACUGUGAAAGACAACCUUGCUGUUGCAGAACAGAGAAACAGAGACUUGGAAAGAGACUUAGAUAUGAAAGCAAAGUCAAGUCGAACAAUUGAUGAUUUGCUCAAGGAGAAAGAGGAAGAACUGACGAAAGUAAUAAGUGAACUUGGUGUUUUUAAAGAGAAGAGCUCACUAGCAUUGGGAAAAUGCGAGCAACAGAGCGAGGAAAUGAAAUCAAUGGCAGUUCGUAUUGGAGAAUUAGAAGCAGUUCGUGUGAGCCAAGAGCAUGACCUAAGUGACCUUUGUAACAAGCUUAAAGCAAUGUCUGAGAAUUGUGAACUGCUUGAAAUAGAGAAAAUGACCAGUGUCCAGAAUGCAAAGGAGACUGCUGAUGGAGCAAGUCAGAAAAUAAAAAAACUAGAGAAACAACUGGAGUCUGUUGCGCAAGAGAAACGUGAGCUACGUGCUCAGUUUGCUCGUGAGAUAGAGGCGUCUCGGUCUCAACUGACCCAAAGGGAAACAGACCUGGAGGGUAUUCACUUAAAAGAACUUGAAGAAAUGAGAGCGAAACACAUUAAAGAAUUAGAUUCGAUGAUAAAAGAGAAUGAGCAAAGGCUUAUUGAACUUCGCAAACAAUUGGAAAGCCAAAAUUCCUCAGAGCUCAGCAAUCGUGAUCAAAAAUACAGCAAUAGAAUUGCUGAACUAACCGAAACCCUCUCAGGCAAAAUAGCAGAAAUAAGAAGCCUUAGGUCCUCGCAGCAAUCCCUCCUUGAGUCUGUGACAGAGAAAGAAAAACUUUUAGGGUCGUCAAAAUCACGCGUUGAUCAGCUGACAAGAGAUCUCAGUUUCUGUGGUGACAGCCUCUGCUCUGUCAGGGGAGAGAGAGAUGCCUUCAAAGAGAAAAUAAUUCAAUUAGAAUUAUCAAUAGAUGAUCUUAAUCACAAGUUAGCAGCAGCUGCUAAUCGACACAAAGAAGAGGUGUCUGCCACUGAGACAAGAGUGAGAGAGGAAAUGGAGACAUAUUGGUCUUCAAAGUUAAAAGAUGAAUUGUCAUUGUUGCGUAAUGAGCUACAAAGACAGAAUGAAGAGAUAAGUCAAGCUUCACUAAAAAAGAUGGUGGACAUUAAAGACACAGCAUUAAAGGGUGCACAAGAAGUCUGGUCGAAAGAGAAAGAGACUCUGUUACAAAAAAUAGUUGUACUUGAAAAGGAUCUACAUGAUUUACAAUUAUCUUUAAAAACUGCACUUGAUGAAGCAGAGGCUACUGCAGCAGCUCAGGUAUCUCAAUUAAAGAAAGAGUUAGAGUCAGCCAGAGGAAGUGCAAUGACAGCUAUCGAAGGACUAAUGACUAAACAUAAAGAAGAGAUUGAGAGGCUGAAAGAACAACACGAAAUAGACAAGAAGUUACAAGCUGAUGCUAUGUCAGAAUUAAACAGAAAAGAAAUUGAUGAGCUAACUAGGGCCCACAACCUCUCAAUCAUUGCACUGAAGACAAAACUAAACAAAGAGAAAGAAUGGGCACUGUCAGAUCUAGCUCAAUCAUGCAGAGAAAAACGAACAUUGUUUGAACAGAAUUGUAUCUCAGAGCACCAAGAAGCUCUGGUGAAACUUGAAUCAGCAUAUGCAAUACAACUAGAGGAGCAGAAGGAAGAAGCAUCUGUUGCCUUGAAAAAAGCAACAAAAGAAUUUGAGAGUAGUCAGGCAUCACUGAAGACAUUAUCAAAGGAUUGCGAAGGCACAAAGUCGCUCCUUGCAAGAGAGAAAGAGAGAGGAGAGAGACUCAUGAUUGACCUAAAGGAGCUGAAGGCACAGCUUGAAGUCAAGAAACAAGAACUGAUAGCAACAAAAAGAGAAAUGGAGUCACUAAUGAAAUUAAAAGAAGAGUCACUCACUUCCAGUCAUAAAGCUGAGAUUGAAUCAAUGCAUUCACACUACCGGCAUCAGUCUCAGACCUUACUGAGUGACUUUAAGAAAGCAAAGCAAAUCCUAACAGCUAAACUGGAGGAAAAAGAGAGAAGGCUGUAUGAGGCUGAGCAGCGUUUCAUGAAUAGAGAGGCUAGACCAGAGGAUGUUGAGCUGAUCCAGAAGCUAAGGGAGAUGAUUGCUAAGCAGGAUAUGAAGCUAAAGGAAAUAUUAACAGAGAAGAAGAUAUGUGAAAUGGAGCUGGUUAACAGAGAGAAGAACUACAACAAGAUAUUCAACACAUCACCUCUUGUUGGAGUCAUUAACCCACUCCAAGGAAGCCAGGGAAGUCAGCAGAAGAAAUUAAAAGAAGCCACAUCUAUCAGUCAAUCUAGCAUUGGGAGCAGUAGCUUGGUGACAGAAUCGCUUCCGUCACUAACCAUGAGGAGUGGAUCAAGACUUUCUAAACCUAUUGGGUCUCCGAAGAGAACAAAAGAGCAUCAUCAAUUGGAGGAUGUCACCGUUGGUAAACUUAAGUUUCUCUCAUCUUCUGAUGCUCUUCCUGAGCAAAAGGCAAAGAAAGACCUGAGCAGGAGAGUAUCGACGAUUAAUGACAGAAAACUUAGAAACGAAACAACUUCGUCGUUUCCUUCCAAUGCUGGAAUAGUCCGUGUGGCACAAUAAUGAACUAUUAUUAUUAUUAUGUGAAAUCAAUAAUAAAUCAUCAAAAAUCAACUGAAAAAUGCUACACUAUGAUAAAAAGACAAUGAAAAAAAA